AUGGCUGGUCCAUCUCGUCUCCCGGCUACCCCUUCUGCCGGUCCGUCUCGUCCCACCAGGAGCCGUCCUACUCCUGUGUCAGCUCAAGAGGGGUCUCCUCUAAGUCUCCCUCCUGCCCUCGGGACCCGAAGCCGUCAACCAUCUGUUCCUCCUGCUUCUGGGCUCUCAACUCCUGCUCCUCCUGUGAAAACUCCUCCAAAAUCUUCGAAAGGGAAAGGCAAGAAGAAGAAAGCUGUCCAGUUUGAACCGGCUGUGGUGGAAAACGAAAGUACUCAGCUACCAGAGGAAAUCCCUCCCGCCCUCGACCAUCCCACUAUCGCUUUCGACCCUCGGAUACCAGAGGAAGACAAACAGCUAGCCACCUUUCGUUCCACGAGAUACAGCGAAGCUCGUCGAAUAUUGCAUGAAGCUGGUCUCCGCGAUGAAUACUCUCUCUCGGACAAUGGCAACCCUUGUGAACUCCUCCGACAUAGGGCCAUUAGGUCGAACUGA